AUGCCCGGUCCAUCGAAUACCCUCCUGAUCGAGGGAUCGUUCUCCGAGCUGUCGGAGGAACUUGCGCAGUUCAUCGACGGAGUCGCGAAAGCCGAAGAAGGCGCAGGCCUGCGCGGGGACAUCAAAAGCAGUAUUGAGGAACUACAACAAAUAGAACAAGCCGGGGAUGCACAAUCAGCAGACCAGACUAAGGUCCAACAAUUAAAAGAUGACAUACUCAAGAAAGUGGUCACCAAGGCCGCCGACCUCAACAAGGCACCCGAGAAAGAAUUCACAGCAGCAUACAACCUCCUCAUCAGCCUCUGUACACAAUCCUCAAUCCGCGAUCAACUCUUCGCACGCCUCUGCUCAUACCUCGAACAACCCAUAACCAGCGCCAUCACCCACGGCUCAUCACUCGCGAUCGCAACCCUCACAACCAUCUUCAACGUCCUCCCCCCAACCAGCGAAACCCGCUACCACGUCUUCCUCGCCAUCGUCAAAGUAAUCCGCGCCAAAUCCUCCCAACAAGCAUUCGACGCCCUUAUCCCUCAACUCGAAGCCAACAUCUCCUCCUGGGCCUCCGACUGGCAACUCGAUGAAGAAGACCUCCGCGCCCUGUACGUUGCCGUAGCCGACGUCGCCAACGCCAGCGGCGACCAAGACUUGGGCUACAAGUACAACCUGCGCGCAAUGGAGACCAUUGCCCCCUCAGCCGCCUCAAACCAAGAAGCGCACGACCUCGCCCGAAAAGUCCUCGUGCAAGCCCUUUCAAACCCCACCGUCACAGAUUUUACCCCCCUUACGACCUCCGAUGCGAUCCAAGCCCUCUCGAAAUCAGACAGCGCGCUAUUCGAACUCCUCGAGAUCUUCUCCUCGGACGACUACUCCGCCUAUACCGACUUCCUCGAGACCAACGACCUCUCAUCCCUUGGCUUCUCCGGCUCAUCUGGUGACGUCCUCGCCAAGAAGAUUCGCCUGUUGACCUUCGCCAGCAUUGCCGCCUCCACACCGUCCCGAUCCGUGUCAUACUCCACUAUUGCCUCUGAGUUGCAUAUUCCAGCUGAGGACGUCGAGAUGUGGGUCAUCGACACCAUCCGCGCCGGCCUUGUGGAAGGCAAACUCUCGCAACUCCGCCAGGAGUUCCUCGUGCAGCGCGCUACAUACCGCGUAUUUGGCGAGCGGCAAUGGGCAGAGAUUCAAGGCCGGCUGAACGUCUGGCGGAGAAGUCUGGAGAGUGUGCUGCAAGCCGUGCGCGCAGAGCGUGAGCGAUUCCUGCGGGAAGGCCCAGGUGGUGGAUAUGAUGAUAAUCAAGGAUAUCAGCAACGGAAUGGCUAUCAGGAUGGUGGCGAGAGAAGGAGAGGGGGUGGCGGCGGCAGAGGUGGAUUCAGAAACAACCAAGAUCGCGGGCAACGGCAGCAGGAGCCGGUCGAUGUGGGCGGUGAUUGA